AUGCAGAGGAAAGUAGAAUGCAGGGCAGAAAGCGGUUCUCCCAGUGACCUGUGCCCAGCUCAUGUGAAGCCCACUGCAAGAAGAACAUGUGUGUCUAAUAAAUGUAAGUGAUUAUGAUUAGAUAUAAGGAAUAUCAUUUGUAUUUCUGAACAGAUUGCUGGAGACAAAGUAAAAAAAGCUUUCUUUAAUUUAAAUGUGCAUGCAUGUAGCAAUGGUUCAUACCAAAGAUACCAAAUUAUUAUAUCAUAUAUCAUAACAAAGCAUUUAUAUUAUAUAUAUUAUCACUCAUAGAUUUUCAUGUAUUCAGAUAGAAACACAUUUUUCUAGCAGUAUAAUUUUACAAAUUGAAAUAAAUAAAUAUUUAAAAUAUAAAUUCCUAUUUGACACCCAAGAUCACUAUAUUCUUAACCAUCCUUGGGAAACUGAGAAUUAAUUCCAAUAUAUCCAAAACAUGACUUCACCAGUAAGACCAUAUACCCUAUUUAAUUUUACCCCUCAGAAGAGCAGCUGUAGCAACAGGGCCACCAUCAGGGCAUGACAACCAUAACGGCUGUCAUGGGCCGGGCAGUCCUGGGGGCACCGAACUGCUCUGGGAGUCCUAUCCCCACAUUCCUUAUGUGCACGUAUAGUGAUUUUCGCUAUAUAUAUGAGCACUGCAGGCUCCCUGCUACCUGUACAUUGCAAAGGGGGAGAGGGGGGGAGGGACCAGCAGCACACUCUGUCCUCCUUUCCAGCUGCUGUCUGUCUAACUUUACUUAGCUCUCCGGCCGUCAGAGCGUUACCACAGGUUACCAUGGCAAUGCUCCGCACAGCAAGCAGGCCGGUCUCGCGAGAGUUAGUCAGAGAGGAGCUGGAAAGGGAAGACAGUGUGUGCUACUGGGCAUCCCCUCUGCAAAUUACAUCAGUUGGCUCCCUCCACAAUGCGAUCUCCCCCCUCCCUGGCAAAGUAAGAAGCAGGGAUGGGGGAAUAAAAUAAAGAUAUACACAACUAAAUGAAAAAAAUACUCCACCUCCCCCUAUUUUACACACACUGCCUCCUUACAAGCACACACUCUGCACUCACUACACGCACACUACAUUCACUAAACACACUUUGCACUACAAAGACACACACUAAAUUCACUAAACACACUUUUCACUCACUACAAACACACUACAUUCACUAAACACAUUUUGAACUACACACACACUACAUUCACUAAACACAUUUUGUACUCACUACAAGCACACUACAUUCACUAUACACACUCUGCAUUCACCACAAUCAUACUACAUUCACAUUCACUAAACACAUUUUGCACUCACUACAAACACGCAACAUUCACUAAACACACUUUGCAUUCACUAUACACACUCUGCAUUCACUACAAACACACUACAUUCACUAAACACAUUUUACACUCACUACAAACACACUACAUUCACUAUACACACUUUGCAUUCACUAAAAACACACUGCAUUUACUAUACACAUUUUGCACUCACUACAAACACACUACAUUUACUAUACACACUCUGCAUUCACUACAAUCACACUACAUUCACUAAACACACUUUUCACUCACUACAAACACACUACAUUCACUAUACACACUCUGCAUUCCCCACAAUCAUACUACAUUCCCGUUACACAUUUUGCAUUCACUACAAUCACACUACAUGCACUAUACAGACUUUGCCCUCACUACAAACACACUACAUUCACUAUACACACUUUGCAUUCACUACAAACAAACCAUGUUCCAUAUACACACUCUGCAUUUACUACAAACACACUACAUUCACUAUACACACUACGUUUCCUAUACACACUCUGCAUUCACUACACACACACUACAUACACUAUACACACUCUGCACUCACUACACUUUACACACUCAACAUUCACUACAAACACACUACAUUCACUAUACACACUACAUUCAUUAUACAUACUCUUCAGUCACUAUGCCCACCCUACAUCCACUACAAAAACACACACUCUGCAUUCACUAUACACGCACUACGUCCACUACACAAACACACGCUCUGCAUUCACUAUGCACAUCUACAUUUACUACACACACUCUGCAUCUAAUGCAUACAAAUAUUACAUACAUUACACAAAAUGUACAAUCUGCAUCCACUAUACACACUGCAUCCAUGACACGCAUACUGCAUCCACUACACACAUUCUACAUCCACCAUACACACACCACAUUCAGUACACACACACUUCCUCCUUGUGGGUGAACUUGGGGCAGGCCUGUUGGUUGACUCGGGGUCAAGCACACGGAGCUGUGUCCGGGGCCCCAAAAUUUGAGAAAGAGAAAGAAUAAACAAACAUACAAUUUGACAAACUGAGCCAGGCAUAACAGGACAAAGGGGAAACACACGGGUUAAAAUAAUGGAAUGUCUUACAGGUUAGGUUUAGCAUUAUUUUUGCGCUAAAGACUAUCGCAAAACAUUGCAUGAGCUUUAUGGCUAGUAGACCAAUUUGUUCUUAACCCCUUUAUGACUAAUGGGGCUGUUAUCAUAUAUAAAUCGAUUUACCUAACACAGUUGUUCUUAAGUUUUUUGAUUACAACCUAAAUGACAUAUACAGCAUUUACUUAGAGAUCAAAUCUGUCUCUGAAUUAGUUUAAAUCCUUUGAUAGAGAAGCUCCACACCUCAAUAAAAGGUACAAUUCACCACAAAAGCAUCUCAAUCACAGCAGUUGGUGGACAAGUGGUUUCUGCUGCACUGGGUGAUCUGUUAUAACUUUUUCAGAGUUAUCUCCACUGACUUGAACAGCAUGUUAUAACAGCACCAAACAAAACACUCCCCAACCCAUAACUCACCAAUAGAGUGAAUAAAGCAAUAAACAUUAGUUUCUCCAUGAUAACCUGGCGCUCUCAGACAAUGAGGUAGCACUACAGGGCUUUUCUUAGGAGAGUUACUGUAAGCUCCGUGUCUUGGAACUUCCAGGUCUUUGUUGGAUAUGGUGGAGCUGGUGACCUGCCUACCAGACCUCAGGUAAGAAUUCACACCAUUCUAAAAUGGUAUGUCAACUUACAAGGGGAGGCGGGUGCCCGGCCACUCCUGGCACCAUAACCACUACAGCAAGCUGUAGUGGCUAUAGAGCGUUCCCUUAAAAUGGAUGCUGUUAGCCAGAGAAACAUUUGAGCCCUAAUUGCAGCCUCUCAAGAGGUCAUACAAUCAAACUAUUCAUCUGAAAAAGAAGUGGAUAAAAAUGUUGCAUAUUAUUAUUUAACAGUCAUAAUAUCUUGUUACUUUUUUAACAGCUGAGCCAAACAUUUGGUAUCUGUUUAUACAUUUUUAAGAUGUCAGCUUUGUUGAAUAUAACGAAAUAUAUACCAAUUGGCUUUAUAAGCUUUACUUACUUAUCAUCCUGUUGUUUAGUGUCUGAUGUUGUUUAGUGGUUUGUUUGUUUUUACAAAUGCAUCGCUUCAAUAAGAAGGUGCAUUCAUCUAAUUCCUCUUUGUUAACCUUGUCUUUAUUGACUGUAUUUCUUUAAAUGGGCCAUUUGAAUACAUUUCCCAUAAUGAUUAGUCAUCGCUGUUCUAGACUGGUUUCCAAGUAAGAUAAUGAGUGUGGAUUUACUGUAAUCUCUUACAGGGAUUGACAGAGAGUGGUAACAAUAUAUAAUGUCCUUUGCAGCCCCCUAGUGACUGACUGAUGUCAUGAAAACAAGACUGAUGUAUCAAUUAUCAAAUUGUAUACAGACAUAGCCAAUGCUGUUGGAUCUUACUAUGCACGUGCCUACUUUAACUUUUCAAUAUUUAUAUUUUAUGCAGACCCCUUUGAUGACUUGGACUGUCUAUAUAAGUUCUAGCCACUCUGUUACAUGGGUUUAACCCCUUGAGGACACAAAAUAUGUGACAUGUCAUGAUUCCCUUUUAUUCCAGAAGUUUGGUCCUUAAGGGGUUAAAUUAACAUUACGGUUGAUAUAUUUAUUAAAUAUAACAUUUGUGUUUUGGGUUAGUUUUACAGUUGUUUCCAUGGUUAUGUAGACAUUGUGAGUCACACAUUAUGAUUUCAUUUUUUUUCUUUAAUGUUUAAGGUGAUUUUAAAAGCUGCAAAGAAUUACGCUUAAUCAGUAAGUUACAAACAGAUGGAGAAUAUACACUGAACAUUAACAACAGGCGAGCAAAGGUAUGAUGUCUCAAAGUAAAUAAGAAAACAUGUAGGCACAAAGUUAAAUAUUCUGAUGACAUCCAAUAGUUUAAUGGAGGGAACAAGCAAAGAAUGAUGCAAAUGUUUUGGGCACAAAUAGAGAUGGGUUGAUGACUGGGUCAAAGCAUCUCCAAAACAGCAAGGCUUAUGGGGUGUUCCAGAUAUGAGGUGGUUAGUACCUGCCAAAAGUGGUGCAAGGAAGGACAACCAGUGAAUUGGGUUUCCCAUACACAGUUUGCUGGCAGGGCUUCGUAGCCGCAAAGCAGUCAGAGUGCCCAUGAUGAUGCCUGUCCAAUGGAACUUGAGCAUCAGAACUGGACCAUGAAGCAAUGGAAGAAGGUUGCCUGGUCGGAAGAAUCAUGUUAUCUUUUAGAUCAGGUGGAUGGUCAGGUGAAUGUGUGUCAUUUACCUGGUGAAGAGAUAGCAGCAAGAUGCAUAAUGGGAAGAAGGCAGGCCUGCUAAGGAGGUAUUAUUCUCUGGGCAAUAUUCUGCUGGGAAGCCUAAGGUCUUGGCAUUCAUGUAUAUGGUGUUUUGACAUGUACCGCCUACCUAGAAAGUGUUGCAGACCAUGUACACCACUUCAUUGUAAUGGUGUUCCUUGAUGGCAGUGGCCUCUUUCUAAAGGAUAAUGCACCCUGUCACACUGCAAAAUUUUUGAGGAAGGGUUUGAGUAACAUGACAAGUGUUGCCUUGGCCUCCAAAGUCCCCAGAUGUAAACUCAAUUGAGCAUCGGUGAUAUGGGCUGGAGCAACAAAUCCAAUCCAUGUUUUGUUGCUCCAGCACGUCCCACCUCGCAACUUGCAGGACUUAAAGGAUCUGCUCCUAAUGUGUCGGUGCCAGAUACCAUGGGACAUGUUCAGAGUUCUUGUGGAGUCCAUGCCUUGAUGUAUCAAUGCUGUUUUGGCAGCAUGAGGGGGUCCUACACAAUAUUAGGCUGGUGUAUUUAAUGUUGAGGAUGAUUAGUGUGUAUAUAUAUAUAUAUAUAUAUAUAUAUAUAUAGUGAUAUAUAUAUAUAUAUAUAUAUAUAAAGUGAUAUAUAUAUAUAUAUAUAUAUAUAUAUAUAUAUUUACACACAAGUCCAAACGUUUGCAAAAUAAAUGCCUGGUGCCCAGUCACAAAUUCAUAAAUAUCUACAAAAAUACUGGCACUCCAAGGUUUUCAUUCAGGUGGAUUCUUUAUUUGAUGAAUUCCAGCAAUUCAACAUUUCAGUCCCUCUUGGGAACUUUCAUCAGGACUUCACAAGUAAAGUAUUGCACUAAUACAAGCUUUAUAUAGGACAAACAUAGAUCUUAACGCUCUAGGGAAUCCAUACGUGAGGGGGGAACCAAUAGCCGAUUGGCAUUUCUGGUUCCCGUAGUUUCGCAGCGAUGCUCCUUAGGUUCAUUGGAUGAGACCCUCACUGUUGACAGGGGUGAGAAUUUCGUGUUGCCCGGGACAUGCCGGACACACAGCUGAUUGAGAUGCUGCUUAAGGGGUGAGUUAAGAUCUUUGUUUGUCGAUAUUUGUUGUCGGUAUUUUUGUCGAUAUAUGUGUAUAUACCACACCAUAUUACAAGGUAUGUUCUGUAAAAACCUCUUCCUUUCUUACAGGUUUACUGUUCGGGAAUGCAGUCUGAUAGCCCCAAAGAAUACAUAACUUUGGUGAAAGGGGAAGCAGACAACUUUUCAGAAGUCUAUGGAUACAGGUAUUGUAUUACAAUAUGAUAAGAACAGUACUGUCGUGUACAUCAAAGGUAUAAACAAAGGACCCUAAUAGGGGCUAUUUUAAUGGGUUCAUAGUCCAAACAGUGAAUAUAGCAUUACAAUUUCCUGGCAUAUAGCUUUAUUAUGAUUUAUUUCUAUUCCGACCUUAAUCAAUGCACUAGAAUCAUUAACUCACAGUAUCCACAGAAUCAUGGUAAUCCAGUAGUCAGCCUGAAUGCAUGAUAUUUAUAAAAAAAAUGACACACAUGUACAGUGGAGUUGGUGCUGAGCUUUGGGUUAGUUCACCUCCACCUCUGGGCAAUUUGUCCCUUUGAACGGGUUUGCUAAAAGCAACAUCAAAGCAUUUAAAAAAAUAUAUAUAUAUUUUAAAUGUGCCUGAAUGUGGCAAUGAUUUAUACCCAAAAGAGUGAUUCUAAAAAUUACAUAUAUAGUGUUCCAUCAUGCAUACAUUGCUCGGACUGUAAGAAUUCUUGCAGUGGUGAGUAUAGGAUGUAUGGGGUGGAUAAUAUUUUAAACUUUAUCUUUACGGGUUGUGUCAAGACCACUGUCCUGCAUGUUUCAAAUAAAAAAUAAAUAGAAAAAUGUAAGGAGACCUGCUUUGAGUCUUGACCAUUGGAAAAGUCACCAGAAAUCAAUAAGGUUCGGAGAGAACCGAUGCUUUAAAAUAUGAACAUUAUUAAAUAUGGCUGCAAAGUCGUAUUGCCACCAAAUACCUGUUACUAAACUUCUUACACUCUGUUCUUCUUGAUACUAUUAUCUAGUCACAUUUUUAAAUGCUAGGUUGCUGCUGUGCUAGUUAAAUUAACACUAUAGGGUCAGGAACACAAACGUGUAUUCCUGACCUUAUAGUGUUUAACCCACCAUUUAGGUGGUUUGCCCCCUUUGUGUCCUUAGAAAAGGUGAAAACUUACCUUAUUUUGCUGACCCUGGCCCUGCCCCAAUUCUUCCUUGAUUACAUCAUCGGAAUUGCUGAUCUUUAGCCACAUGGAAAGCAUUGGAUAGGCUGAAAUCGGCAAAGAGGCGGGAUGGGGCACUAUAGUGUCCCAUUAAGAAAUUCAUAUUUUCAAUUUCUCAUCUACCACACAUAGGCAGGGCCGUCUUUAACACGGGGCAAACGGGGCAGCUGCCCCGGGCCCAGUCCCUGCUGGGGGGCCCGAGGUAACUACCCUGUUUGCCCUCUGCCCACAAACUAUGGGGGCCCAUCGGGUGGCCCAUGCACUUAGGGCCACCCAGUGGGCCUGUGUCAGCAGGGGCCCGGUCGGGCGCUGUGGCGCUUUAACAGCGCGACCGGGCCCUUGCUUUUCGGCAGCACUGGGAGGAAGUGACAGCCGUGCGUCACUUCCUCCCACAGAAACAGGAGCCGCGCGGGAGGAAGGCGGACCAGCUGUUCCGGAGGGGGCCAGGCCGGGAGAGCUUAACUCCCAGUCACCCCAGCCAGCCCACUGGACCCCAGGGAAGCCACCCUCCAGGAAAAGGUAAGAAACUGGAGGGUGGUUAUCAAAUUUUGCAUGAGUGCAAGUCUGUCAGUGUAUCUGUAUGUCUGUGUGUGUGAGAGUCUGUCAGUGUCUGUGUGGUUCAGUAUGUCUGUAUGUCUGUCAGUGUGUCAGUAUGUCUGUGUGUGAGUCUGUCAGUGUCUGUGGUUCAGUGUGUAUGUGUGUUUCAGUAUGGCUGUCUGUGUAUGUCAAGAUGUGUGUUUGUCUGUCAGUGUCUGUGUGUAUGUGUGUUUCAGCAUGUCUGUCUGUCUGUAUGUGUGUAUGUGUGUUUCAGCAUGUCUGUCUGUCUGUCUGUGUGCCAGAAUGUCUGUCUGUGUGCCAGUAUAUCUGUCUGUGUGCCAGUAUGUCUGUCAGUGUGUCAGUAUGUCUGUGUCUGUGAGUCUGUCAGUGUCUGUGUGUUUCAGUAUGGCUGUCUGUGAGUUUCAAAAUGUCUGUAUGUGUGUAUAUCUGUCAGUGUCUGUGUCUGUGUGUUUCAGUCUGUCUGUGUGUGUGUGCCAGAAUGUGUGUAUGUCUGUCAGUAUGUCUAUGUGUGAGUCUGUCAGUGUGGUUCUGUAUGUCUGUGUUUGUCAAUAUGUCUGUCAAUGUCUGUGUAUAUGUGUGUUUCAGUAUGUCCGUCUGUCUGUGUGUAUAUGUGCCAGUAUGUCUGUCAGUGUAUCUGUAUGUCUGUGUGUGUGAGAGUCCAUCAGUGUCUGUGUGGUUCAGUAUGUCUUUGUGUAUGUGUGUUUCAGUAUGGUUUUCUGUGUGUGAGUCUGUGCCAGUACGUCUGUCAGAAUGUGUCUCUGUAUCUGUAUGUUGUCCAUUUGUAUUUGUGUGUGUAUCUGUAUGUGUCAGUGUUUGUAUCUGUAUAUCUGCAUGUGUGUCAGGUUGUGUAUCUGUGUGUCUGUCUGUCAGUGUGUGUGUCGGUGUAUCUAUAAGUAGUCAGUGUGUGUACCUUUGUAUCUGCAUGUAUGUCAGUGUUUGUAUCUGUGUGUGUGUCUAUGUGUGUGUCAGUGUAUCUAUAUGUGGUCAGUGUGUAUCUGCAUGUGUGUCAGGUAGUGUAUUUGUGUGUAUCUAGACGUAGUCAGGGGGCCCAAGUAAAUGCUCGCCCAGGGUCCAAUCUAAAUUAAAGACGGCCCUGCACAUAGGUGAGGUUGGCCCAUUUGGUAGAUCCUCCCUUGAACAUAGGGUAUAUAUGUAAUGGAUACCAAUACUCCAGCUGAGUAUAUCCGCGAAGAAUCUCCCAAGUCCCCAGCGCAGUAGUGGUUAUAGUAGUGAAUAUAGCCCCCAAUCCCCCAAACAUUAGCCUAGACUUAAUGAAGGGGUAAAAUUAUCUCUUUAAUCCAGGCUCAAUGGCCUGCUUUUAUACAAUACAGGGACACAGUACACACACCGACACUCCCAUAAACACCCCCCCAAAAUGUCCCUAAAAUGUCAUGUCACCAUGACUAAGCAUAAAAUGACAAAUUAUAAAAAACACACAAUAAUACGUAUUUCACGUAGAGGAACCCUCAUCGUUUAUACAUCCCCGGACAGCCUGGAUCUGAGUGCCCAAGUUGUCCAAAUAGUGCUUAGAUCCCACAAAUACAGCCACAUCGCCACUAGGGUGAAGUUUUGACCGACCGCUCAUUAGGCGCCUGCACAAAAAUAGUUCCAUAGAUUUAGAGGAAGUGUUCGGGAGUUCCAAAAUGUACAAAAAAGGAGAACGGUUCUCCUGGCUCAUUGCCUCUGUUCGGAACAACCUACCGAACAAAUCUCUUCUGGCUUGCUGCGAAAGGAAGCAGGCGUUCAUAUAGUUUCACCGGUGUUCGCGCCGUCGAGUGUCCAUCUUGGAAUUCCAGACACUCAACGACCAAGUCCCGCUGCCUCCUCUCGUGCGACAAGAUGGUUGACAUUUUCUCCGCCAUGUGUCGUUCGGUUAUACGAAUAGCGACCACACAGAGAGAGCACUUAAUUCUUGCGGUUUUCUUUGUACUUAAUGAGCCAGGGGGUGGUUGGUGUUCGGUACUUUUAUAAUCCUGAAUGUGAGGAAGGCAUAAAACCAAGUUUAGAAUGGGUUCCCGAACUGAGAAGGCAACAUAUGGGUUUUGUCACAAUAAAUUUAAGUGAAUAUCAUUUGUUAUUAUUCAUUUACUUACAUAUAAAUACCCAUACCAUCAGGAGGCUGAUACCAUCACAUAUGAGAUUAAAGAAUGUAGCCAUAUUUAUGUUGUCUGUACUAGUUUGGUUACCUACAUCAAAAAACCCUGAUGAUGUCAUCAGUUGAUAAGCUAUAUGUGUAUUCUCAGGAAAGAUAAUGAGUUUUAAAUUACUAUGUAUUCUUUUAGAUAUACCUUAUUGAGCCCAUAUGUGUAAUUCUUUUUUUUUAUUUGAUCUGCUAUCUAUAUUUUGUUAGGCUGAAAAAUCCGUACGAGUGCCCUUUCAAUGGAAGCAGAAGACAUGACUGCGCAUGUAAAAAUGACUACCUUGCAGCAGGAUACACCACGUUUAGUAAAAUCCGACUGGACCUCAUCUCUAUGCAAAUUAAAAGUAGGUUUAAUCACGUAUACUUUGACAAAGUUAUUUGGUUAAUGAACUUGUUUUUGGAGUAGCCUGGAAGAAUGUCUGUGUCUCCUUCUUACUUUUGGUAGUUAUGAGUUGGGCUAAGGUACCAAGUCACUUAAUAUAGAGAAUAUGGCAUUUCCUGAUUUUCUAAUGUGCAGUGCACCCACCAACCAGUACUUACCCCUGUGAAACUCACCUAUAAAUAAUUGUAGCUACAAAUUAACAUAUUUUGAGUACAGAUUUUAUUUUUUAACUAAGUGGAUACAGUGUUUACCAUAUGACUAUAUGCAAUAGAACAGGGGUAGGCAACCUUUUAGCAGCACUGUGCCAAUAUAGGAUUGUGAUGUCCCGUAGCGUGCCGGUCCUAUUUUUUUAAUUUGAGGUGUGUAUGCUGCCGUAUUCUGCUUGUGUUAUUUAUAUUGUAAUUGCUAUGUAUCAGUGUAUUUGUGCGUAUAUAAGCUAUUAUAUUGUAUAUGUGCAUUAGUAGUUUAUGGUAUCGUGUAUGAUACAUAUGAACGUGGACUGUGUAUGGGGGCUGCUUGUGGAAUUGUGUGUGUGUGUGGAUGGAUAUGUCACAUUGUGUGUUUGGUAGUGUGUGUAUGUGUGGGGCUGUUUGGGGUAUUGCAUGUGGGGUUGUGUGCAUGUAUGUGGAUUGUUAGUGGUGUUUAGUUUGUGCGGAUUGUCUGUAUGUUUGUGUGUGGGCUGUUCAUAUUAUUUGUAUGAGGGGAGGCUUAUUGUGCAUUUCUGUGUAUAUCUAGCAGUGUGGGUAGCUUCCCUGGGUUCCAGGCUGGCCAGGUACAGGAGCAGUAACAGCAGCUGCAGGCUGCUCUACUACAGUGUGGAUUCCCAUUCACAAGUGCUGGGAGGCAGUGAUCUGAGAUCACUUCCUCUAUGUGCUGCAAUGCAUAAAUUGAGGAUUUUCCUUCACCACCUUUUCGUAUUAGCAGAUAUCUGAAGUUUCACUGGGACUCCUGAUAGGCCAGAGCCUGUUUGGCUCUAGCAGCCCUGAGUGCUGUGCAAAGACACCUUGAGUGCCGUAGGUUGCCUACCCCUGCAAUAGAAACAAUGCAACGGGACACAUGUUAAUCACAAAUGAUUGAUUUAAAGGUUAGAUCCACUCAAUUUGAAUCCCUUAACAAGAAUUAUAAACCUACUUAAAUAAAUAUUCCACCCUUAAUCUUAUCAACCAACUAAGUUCCGGAGUUUGCUUCAUUUUAAAAUUUGGGAUAAAUAUAAUCUAUAUACAAUAAUCACUACUUAUUAAUUUGCAGUUACUUUUGAUUUAAUCCCUUACUGACUUUUUGAAAUCCUAUGCAUUCGUAACUUUUAUACAUUUUUGCUAUGUGUUUGUUCCACUGUACUUCUGUAAUACCAAGGGGCAUUAUUCUGAAUGGAAGCCCCAUGCUAACUGAGGUUGAUAGGCAUAGUGAUUGCUGGGGUCUGUUGUCUCUGAGAUCACUUGUGUUAGAGGACCUUCAUCUCACAAUUUUUUGUUGCUAUUUUUACUAUUUUCAGCUAUGGCAAUGAUUCUGUCCAAUAAUUUCCCUGUAAUUUUUCACCGAGAUGCAUUUCUGUUCUGUUUUUAGUCUUUCUUUGUGCUUUUUUAGCUACAGAUCUCAGUUUUGCCUACACAGUACACGGAAGAGCAGUUCCGUUUGCCACAGCAGGUGACUGUUACAGCGCCACCAAGUGUCCACAGGUAGGAGGGAAUUAAAUCACAUCUAUAUUUAUUCCAACCAUCCAGUUGAUAACAUCAGUCACAAUGGUAUCACAUAACAUCAUUAUCUUAAUGUUGCAUGAGUAAAAUAAUAUUGUACAGGUUCGUAUCCCUACAUUACCCAGGGAUUAGUAAAAUAUCUUUGUUGAAAAACAAACAAAUUAAAUAAACAAAAACAUAUUUCUAACUGCACGACACUGAAACUCAACUUGACUCAUUCAAUCAAUUGAUUAAUUAAAAUUUGUUUUAUCUGCUAAGGUAAUACCUACUGAUACGUAUGUUUACAAACAAUUACUAAACAGAGAAUCAACAGCACUAACAAUAACAUAAACAAAUAGAUUUUCCGUCUAGUAGGUUUACACUCGUAUAAUAUGAAUAUGUAUCGAAUUAUGUGACAUAUCACUGCAAAUUCAUUCCAUUAUUAUUGUUUUGUUUUUAAAUUACAGGGGCAAUUUAGUAUUAAUCUUUCAGGAACAGAUUUUCGGAUAUCAAACACGGCUAAGUGGAUUGCUCAAGGGAAUUAUGCAACUGUUAAUGUUCACAAAUCGCAGGUUGGUAAACUGCCCUAUGCAAGUCCAUAUAGAAUAAAGUAUAGUGAUGUAAUAAGUGCUCAAUACACAUAUAAAUAAAACUAUAUGCAUUACAUUUAAGGGUAAGGGUACAUGUACUAUUGAUAGUCUUUGAGUAUGACCAGGCCUAUAGACAAUGCUAUUAUGCAAUUGACUGGUGCUCAUGUUAUUGACUUUUAAGAUUAAAGGGAUCCUAUAGUGCCAGGAAAACGAACCCUAUUCCUGGCACUAUUGGUUUUUGGAGUGCCCCCCUCCCUCGGUGCUGAAGGGGUUAAAACCCCUUCAGCCACUUACCUUAAUCCUGCGCCGGGCUCCCUCGGCGACCUCUCUUCCCCCGCCGACGUCAGCUCCCGAGUGGAGCCAAAUGCGCAUGCGGGGCCAGAGGCACGCACGCAUUCAAACCUGCCCAUAGGAAAGCAUUACUCAAUGCUUUCCUAUGCGGAUCUUUUUUGAAGCUGGACUCCAUGAGGAUGUCCAGCAUCAAAUAAGUGCGAUUUACUCAGUGUAAAUUCAUGGAAACGGCCUCUAAUGGCUGUCUCCCUGAUUAACCCUCAGUGUAAACAUAGCAGUUUCUCUGAAAUAGUUUUCAGCUGCAGGGUUAAAACUAGUGGGACCUGGCACCCAGACCACUUAAUUGAGCUGAAGUGGUCUGGGUGCCUAUAGUGGUCCUUUAAAAGGGUCACUUAAGCCUUCCUGGAAAAUAAAAUAAAUUUGAAUAGCCACAGAGCUAUUCCCUAGUUUAUUUCAGACAAUUUCAUUUUAAAAUCAUAAAUAUCUGUACCUCCUUUGCAUUCUAUCCCACCCUUACUUUGUUUAAAGGGAUAUUCCACUGCUCAAAUACAAAAGAGAAAAAAAAAAACAAUUUGGUAACAGGGCAUCUGCCAGUGCACUUUGGGCUUCAUGUUUUGCCUUGUUUGCCUCAUGGAAAAUACACAACUGGGUAUAGUGGUACACCGGAGCUCUGUGGAGGAGGUCCACUAGCCGCCAAAGGUAGAAGGCCACAGGCUUCACAGUGCAGGGUAAAAAAAUGUAUUUUUUAUGGUUCAAAGGAAAAAAUAAAGAUACAAUGUUUUGGCCAUGAUGCCUUAAUCAUACCUUUCACAUCACAUGACCACAAAAAGAGAAAAAAUAUCUGUGUUAAUAUUUAUAUGUUAAUUGUCAAGUUAAUUGUCUAUAAAGCAUGCAACUUACUCAGGUAGUAACAAAAUGUUUUUAUAUAUGUAAGAAAAUCAUAAAACAUCAAUGCUUUAUAAUAAUGUGUUCCAAAGUCAUCAUUUAUUUAAUAUUUUUUGUUUAGGAUGGAUCAAAAAUUUAUGGCAGAUGUGGAGGUUAUUGUGGAAAAUGUGUCCCCCACUCAAGCAUUGGUCUCCAAGUCCAAGUGUAGUGAAAAUGAAGACAGAUUCAGAUUGCUAACAUACCAGCUGGCCUCUCCCUGUUCACAUAUUGUUGGUGUUCAGAAAUAAUGGGCAGGAUACACUGAGCUCUAAUAUAAUCUACCCAACCUGAUCCGUCUUGUGAUUUGAAAGAGACUUAUUGCAAAAAUCUAUUUUUCAUAUAAGUGCUGAGUAAGUCAAUACACAUUUUCAUACACUCAUUGGCCACUUAAAAUACACUUAUCUAUUUCUGGGUAGAACAUACUGUUGCCACCAGUUCCACCUGAAUUAUUCACAGCAUGGAAUCAACAAGGUGGUGGAAACAGUACAAUGGUGACAUUGUCAAUACUGACUCUAUAAAAAACACAAUUCUUCAUGGCUUUUCAGCUUCACGGGGUGCUAAAACAUCCCAUUCCAUUUUGUCCCAAAACUCCAACACAGGAUCAAGAUAUGGGGACUAUGCAGACCAUUGGAACAAACUGAAGUCAAUUGGUGUAUACUUUAUACCAUAGAACAUUAUAGUGCUGGACAUAUACUGUGGACUAUAAGCUAUGUACUGUGUCAGCAACAAUGCGUAUGUGCUCUAUGGUAAUCAGUUUAUGCAAAGUUGAUUCUAGCAUUGCCAAGAAAACGUUCUCCAAGACAUUGUACCACAGUCGCCAAGCUGCACUGUUUACACCAGAUAUGAUUGAUCCAAGGCUUUGUGGCAAGUUCUGACCUUGCAACGUGCAUGCUAUAGCAGAAAUUGAAACUUAGUAGAGUAAGUAAUAUCAUUCCUAUUAUCAAUGAUCUACCUGCUGUUAGUAUAAUCCAUCCACUUGAAGGUAAGAUGACCUUCUAUAAACCACUGUUGUAAAGAGUGGUUAUUUGAAUCUCUGUUGCUUUUCUGUAAGUUCAAACAAGUAUGGGCAUUAGUGUAUUAGCUCUUUCUAGGAAAAUACCCAUGGUGUACACUGACUACGGUCCCUUUACAAUCUCAGGCUAGCUGAGCUAUUGAAAUGCUAAAACUACCAUGUCUAACACCAAACACCAUAAUAUGGUUAAGUCGCUGUAAUGGAACACUCUAAACUUUUAAAGUACUUUAGCUUGCAGAAGUACUUUAUUAGUUAACAGAAAUUAAAGUAAUUAGCACUUUGAAAAAAAAGCCACUGGCUCCACCCUCUCGGUUGUCAAUUAGGCACAAAGCCGAUAUGAGACUCCUUAUACAGAAACAUUGGUUUUGGUGUUUCCCUAUUAGAAGGACUGCCAGUGGAUCACGGCAAUUGCAAUUCUUGAAACCCGUUUCCCAGUGUACUAGUGAUGAUAUCCCAGGAUUGAGUAGAGCCUCUGGUUUAGAAGAUUAGAAGUAAGUAAUAGUUUUUUUUUAACAGGGACAAGCACCCAGAAAUCUAAAUCAACCAGAGCUGUAGUGGACCAGGUCCCUUUGCCCCCAGUGUAUAUGUAUAAAUAUAUAUAGCGAUUAUCGUUACAGUGAAAAAAGUGACAUGUGAAUGUGUAUAUUGUAUAAUGCAGAGAGAUUUAUUGUUUGGUUAUACACCACAUGGCCAAAAGUUUGUGGACACAUCUAUAUGAGCUUGUUGGAUAUCCCAUUCUAAAACUAUGGUCAAUAAUCUGUUGUUGCCCUCCUCACCUUUGUGGCUGUAUCAGCUGCCACUCUUCUAUAAAGACUUGUAUUUGUGUCCAUUGAGCUCAAAGAGCAUUUGAGGUAAUGCACUGAUGUUAAAUGAAAUGGUCUGGCUUACAAUGGUGUUUCAUUUCAUCCCAAAUAUUUUUAAUUCUGCUGAGGUCAGGUCUCUGUGCAAGCCACCAUCCUCCAAAUCUAAUUUAUCAAACCAUGUCUUUGGGGACCUGCCUUGCAGGAACAGAACCUUUGCCAAACCGUUGCCACAAAGUUGAAAUAAUGUAUUUCCAUCCUGCAGUAUUAACGGGCCGUGUCCAAAGCCUGAAAACCAGCACCAGACCAUUAGCUCUUCUCCAUUAACUUUGAAGUAGGCACUGUGCGUUAAAGUAGUUAGCAUUAUCUUUGUGUCAAUCACACACAGAUCCUUCCAUCAGAGUGCCAGAACAUGCAGCCUGAUUCAUCGUUCUCAAGAUAGCCUGUGUCCACCCCUCCAGAGUUCAGUAAUGGUGUGUUUUACACCACUCCAGCUGACUAUUUGCACUGCGCAUGUUAAUGUGCAGCUUGUGUACAGCUGCUUGACCAUGGAAACCCAUUUCAUGAAGAUUCCAAUGCACAGUUCUUGUGCUACUGUUGUUUCCAGAGGCAGUUUGAAAUGCCAUAGUGAGUGAUGCAAAAGAUGAUUGUUCUGUUCUAAACAGUAUAACACUCAGUGCCCCUGCUCUGUGAGAAUGCAUGGUCUACCAGUUGUGAUGUUGUUACUCCGAGAUGCUUUCAGUUCACAAUAGCAGCACUUACAGUUGACCAAAGCAGAUAUAAUCAAGCAGGGAUUUCAUGGUCUUUCGUGUGACAUCUUAUGAUAGUGCCAUGUUUAAACUUACUGAGCUAUUUAAUAAGUCGUAUUGUACUGCCAAUUAUCGUCUUUGUAGAUUAAAUGUGUUGAAUAAUAUCUACCUGUUAACAAUGAGUGAGGCUUAAAUGCCUGAACUGAAUAAUUAGAAGGUCUGUCCACAUACUUUAGACACAUAGUAUAGUUUUAGCAGUGAAGUAUGCCAGUCUUAAAUAAACGUUAAGGCAUGUUAUAGCCAAUUAACUUAUAAGAUAAAAUGCAAAGUACAUAAUUAAUACACAACGUUUGCGAAAAAAAUAACCUUUCAUAAAUUAACUGGAUACAUUAGUAUAUAGGAACACUCAAGAGUAAAAUGACCAAUUUUUUUACAGUGUUCUGAGCAGUAGGUGCAGAGUAAGCUAAGGCCAACCACUAGUUUGGUUAAUGUAAGUACAUACAAAAAAAAUACCAAAUUCUCUCGAAAUGUAAAUAAGAACAAAGUCCAUUUAUUCAGUCUUUUAAUGAAAAAAAUAAAUAAAAUGUAUAUCUCCGAUCCUACAAGCGUUUGUUUAAAGUUGUGUCCAUAUAAUAACUUUUGUAUGGUCGCUCAGCAUUUUUAAAAACAAGCAGAUCCAAUAAAGGACAAAAUAGAAAACAAAAACAAACAACUCAUAACAUUAUAUUCAGAAAGCUAAAUUAAAUUAAGCAAAGUUGGUCAAGUAUGAAUGUAUUGCCUUCUAAUACAAUCAUGGAAGAGCAGAGCAGAGCACACCCCAACGUUUUGGCAAAAUGAUGUCUGUUUCAAAGAAACAAACUGCACGUGAGAAGUAAUUACACAUUUAAUUUGCUUUUAUGAAAAGAUUGGAGAAAAUACUUUUUUUUAAAUUUUACAUGUGGAGUGUAUUUUUGGCAGCUUUAUUUUAUAAACUAACUGGAUUCGAUCAAAGCCAAAAAUAUUGUAGAAUAUAAAAUCUUUAUAUUCCAAUUGUUGUUUUUUUUUUUAUUACAUUUUAUUACAGAGUACAAUGUUUAAACUACAAUAAGUGAUAGUGAAUAAUAAUAACAAGUAAAUAACAGAACAUUCUGCGUAGAACAGUAACAAAACUGUAUACAACUAAUGAUUAAUAGGAGCAAUCGUGAUGAAUGAGGAACAGUCAUGCAUAACUAUGCCAGAAAUGUAGGCAACCAGAGAUGAAUAAACACGUCUAAGUACAAAAAGAACAAGAAGAAUAUUUAAUCAAUUGUUCUGUAUAUGUGUAUGUGUGUAUAUAUAAAAAUGACAAAAAUGAAAUCAACCCAUCUCUACCAAUUACACGUGGAAUCACUACUCUAUACCAAGGCUACAAAACCACCUGCUUAAAACAUCAAUGGUGAUAUAAUAAUUAUAUAUAUAUAUAUAUAUAUAUAUAUACACAUUAUCAUACGAAUUAGCAAUGCAUACUUUUUCUUGUAUAUAUACACACAUAUUCAUGUACAUGUAUUUUUGUAGUGACUUACAAACAUGUAUCUUUUAUUCUCUCAUGUCAAUGAAUUACUAAUUGUACUGUAAAGGUUGGUUCCAAACAUUAUCAGGUCUCAGACCGUCCGUCAGAUAAGUGAUCAAACCACUUGUGACUGCAGCUUCAAUGCAAUAUUGAAGAAACUGCCACCGAGCUGAUUGUCACCCAGCCAUGUCUUGCAGUUUAGAAUGUAAGGUACAAUGACAUCAUUUUAGAGGGUGGAAUGUUUUCUGGUAACGUUCAAUUUUUGUGGUACUUCACUCUUAGAAGUUGCCUUGGGAUUUACCCUUGAUCUUGCUAGAACAGACACUGUACUCUCCAGGAGGAUUCAUACUCUGUGAGUCCAAAUCAAGUCCUAAGUUCCCAUUUGUAUAGAGAGCACUCCAUUAUUAAUCAUUUCUAUUAAAAGUAUCUUUCUGGGGACAAAACUGCAUAUCCCAAAAAGCACUGCCUAAGUUUAUGGUAAGAAUGGAACACAUUGGCUCCUCAUUGGCUGAGCCCAGGGCUGGACUGGGGAUACAAAGCAGCCCUGAAAAAAAAAUCUAUGCCUGCCCCAUAAGUCAUUGCGUCAUGUUGUCACAUGUAAUAUGUAAGGCUAUAUAUAUAUAUAUAUACAUAGUCUUACAUAUUAUAUAUAUUAAAUGUUUUACUGUGAAAGGACAAUAUUUUUUUUUCUAAUAUAAAAUAUUGGUCCUUUCAGAGUAAAACAUUUAUUGUACAGUAAGCAUAAUCACAUGCAAACACAGUCAAAACUGGCACACACAAACUCUUUAAUACACAGCUUGAUAGACAAACAAUCUCACUGACAUACAUAAACUCAUUCUGUAUACAUAAACUCAUUGACAUAAAAACACAAGCUCACAGAUGCACACAAAUAGUCUCACUGACAGACAUUCUCACUGACACACACAAACAAGCUUAUUGGUAUAUACACAAACGUAGUACAGACAAACCGACGCGCACAGACUUACUACAGACAAGCUCACUGUCCCACACACACACAAACAUGCGGGGAAUGCGGCCAAAAUUUAUGUCAAUUUUGAAGGGAGACUGACAGGUCUCCCUUGCGGCCGCCAACAGCCUAAUUGCGACCGCACCAGCCCCCAGCUUCUCCCUCAUUACUUCCCUCGGACUGACACAGCCUGACACAGUCUGAGAAGAAAAUAUUUAAACUACAGGAGUCUGAUGGUUAGGGCUGUCAGCCUGGCCCCAGGUGCCGUGGCCCACAGGGAAAUUUCCUGAUAUCCUGCUGGGCCAGUCCGGCCCUGGCUGAGUCUUGUACUGCUCUGGUAGGGGUCGGUUUCAAGAAACUUCAAAGGUCAUUUUUAAACCCUUUUAUCCUUUUUUUUAAAUUUAGUGACUAUGUGUAUAUAUUACAUAAUUACACCUAUAUACUUUAUGUAAAUAAAAAUGUAUUAAAUAUUUACAAAAAUGUAAAAGAAAAAUAUCUAUUUAUAACCUGAAUGAUCAUAAAAUUACUACUUUUCUACUGAAAAAUAUAAAGUAAAUAUUUACAAAUGUGAUUCAGAAUUUGUUUAACUUUAGGGCAUAUUCUCAGGUAUUAAAAUGCAUUUCACGUAUGCAUUGUCUCUGCCCUGUACUAUCUGUCAAAUAGUUUUCAUUUUGCAAGAACUGGAUCGUUGUAUUUCAUUAGAUGAACUAUUGUAUUGCAAUAACCGAUAGGUUAUUGUGUGGCAGCUGUAAACCUAAAAAAUGUUUGAAACUCUGCAAUUUGUCCUAAGGAUUAUUCACGAAACUGGACAUUGCAAAGAAUUGACAAAUAAAGUGCAACGUUUCGGCCACAAUAGCUGGAAUGGAAAGGUUCUCUGAGUUCUUUUUCCAGCUGUUUUAUUUUGGCCUGAAAUUGGCAAAGGCCACGCCAGUUCUUCACAAGUCCUGUUUUAUUGCGUAAGCCCGUAUACAAGGUGCUACAUUUUUAAUCUAAAAUAUUUAAAUGUGCUGGUUAGCAUGUGUUCAUCAGAAGAGACAUUCAUUUGCACUAUGUGAAUCAAUUUGAUAGAAUACGAUUUCCCGUUCUAUUGUAGAGAAUGUUUGAAAUUAUAUUUGUAAGUUUGUAAGUUAUAUAAAUAUUUAUGGAACAUCA